AGGGUGGUUUCCAUGGAGACUGAAGUACCUAAAGGGACGCGAAAGAGUCCGCUUGUUUCGCAUGCUAGCAAAUGUUCAAUUAGCUUCAACGUGCCAAACAGCCUACCGUUCAGACACACAGCAACUAUGCGCAUUGCGGGUAAUAAUAACAACGUAAGAUAACCUCCUGACCACAAAUGGCGGCAGCUGCGAGGAAAAGCUGUGUGCCGAAGAGUCGCUGACCUUUUAAAACCAUGGCGGAUUCUAAUGAGCUGUAUGACACCAGCAUCCAGGAGCUGAGUGAUGGAGUAAUCUCGGAUACUGAUGAAACUAAUGGAGAGCAGGAGAGCUCUUCUCAAGAAGAGACGGAUUUAGAUGCCAUUCCAGCAUCUCUGCUCAGCUACUUUGAAACCUCAAAAAGCAGAGCAGCAGUCUGUGAGAAGCUCAUCCUUGAGGAAGUUGAAGACUUCACUGCAUCACAUCACACUGAGGACAUGAUGAACUUACCUAACAAACUUGAUAAGGACAUGAUGAAACUAAAUGGGCAGGCCAUUUGUGACACAGAUAAGGAGAACAACACCAACCUUCUUCCUGCACCCACAGAGACAGAAGCACAUUUCUUUCACAAUGUGUCAGUGUGCCCCAACAACAAAGAUGAAACUGGAACAGACGAAUAUAUGGAUGGUGAGAGGCAUUUGGCCUUUGAAGUGAGGACCCUUGAGAGCUCACUGAAUGGAGAGGAGAGCAGUGAAUACAAGGCAGAGCGAGAGAAACGACACCUUGAGGAGAUGAAGUGGGAGGAGCAAAAGAAACAAACGGAAAAAGACUUCCAGAAGGAGCUGAGGAAGAUAAUGGAGGCAGAGAAGCUCCAUCAGAAGGAAUUUGAGUUGAUGGAGAAGAGAGCUCAUGAAAAACUUGAACAGGAGUUUCUGCUUCAGCAGGAACUGAUCAGCAACUUACAGCGACGAGUGGAGGAAGAAAGGAGGAUGAGGGAAGAGGAGCAGAAGAGAAUGAAGGAUGAGGAGGACAAGAGGAAACGAGAAGAGAAGAAAAUUAAGAUAGAGGCAGAGAGGAAAAGAAUGGAGGACGAGAUGAGGAAAAAAGAAGACGAGAGAAAAAUGGAAGAGUUGAAACUUAAAAAAGAGAAGAGGAAAAAUGAAGAAGAGAAAAAGAGGAGGAUAGAGAGGGAGGAAAAGCGGAAGAGAGAAGAGGAAAGAAACAGGAUGGAUUUUGAAAAGAAGAAGCUGGAGGAUGAGAUGAGGAUGAUGAAGGAGAAAGAAGAGAGGGAAAACAAAGAGGAGGUGGAGAGGAUAAAGAAAGAGGAGGAGGAGAAGGGGCAAAGGGAGGAGGAAAGAGAAGUGAUAGAAGAGGCAAGGAAAGAGAUGGAGAAAGAGGAGAGAAACAUGGAGGAAGAUAUUAGCCUGAAAAAGGAGGAGGACAGAAAAAAGGAAGAGGAUAAUAUGAGAAUAGAGGAAGAGGGGAGAGUAAUUAAAGAGAGUGAGGUGAGGAAGAAGCAGGAGGAGAUGAGGAAAAAGAAAGUGGAGGAGGAGACCGAUGAUAGACGAAAGAUGGUUCAGAUGGAAGAAGAAGAUAGGAAAAAGAGGGAGGUGGAGGAGAAAGAGGAGGCAAGGGAGAAUGAAAGAAAAAUGAUGGAGGAGGUGAAGGAAGUGGUAAGAAAACAGGAGGAGGAAAAGAGAAAAAUGAAAGAAGAACUAAGACCCAUUGAAGAGGAUGAGAAGAGGAAAACAAAAGAGAAAAAAUGGAGGAGGAGGCAGAAAGAAGAGAUGAGACAGAAAGACGAAGAGGAGGACAGAAAAAAGAAGGAAGAACAUAAUAUGAGAAUAGAGGAAGUGGGGAGAAUAAUUAAAGAGAGUGAGGUGAGGAAAAAGAAGGAUGAGGAGGCCGAUGAUGGAAAAAAGAUGGCUCAGAUGGAAGAAGAGGAUAGGAAAAAAAGGGAGGUGGAGGAGAAAGAGGACGCAAUGGAGAAAAAAGAGGAGCGGGAAAAUAGAAAAAUGGAAGAAGAACUAAUUGAAGAAGACAAGAGGAGGAAAAAGGAGGAUGAAAGGAAAACAAAAGAGGAAGAACGGAUGAGGUGGCAGGAAAAAGACACGAGGAGACAGAAAGAAGAAGAGGAGGACAAAAUAUCUGAAGAAAUGAGGCUCAAGGAAGACAAGGAAGGGUAUGAAAGGUAUGAUGUGGAGUGCAGGAAAAUGGGACAUGAGAGCAAAACAAAAGAUAAAGAGAAGAAGCGGAAGGAGGAAAGGAAAAAUGUGGAGGCAAAGAAGGAGCAGAAUGGGGAAGAGGGGGCUGAAGUUAAUCAAAAAACGGAAGAUGAAAUGAGACUCAAAGACAAGGAGGAGAGCAAAAAGAGAAUGGUGCAGGAAAAGGAGGUGAGAGUUACAAGAGCAAAUGAGCUGCAGGAGAAAACAGAACGUAACAGCACGAUAGGUCAAAAUGAAAACUAUUAUAUAGAUAAAGCAGGAAACUCCCUGGCCUCACUACUUGAAGACAGCCCCACACAGACUUCCUCAAGCCCUGGUUCUUUACAUAAUGAGUCUACAGUCUGUCCCACCAGCACUAAUGCCAUACCACACAACAUGACGUCCAUAGAUAAAACUGUGGACUGCAAAAAUCAAGCACCAAGGCCUUCCACUGUGAAUCUUUCUUUACCCGUGUGCCUCCCCGAGCACACAGAGCAGAAGAGGCUGUCAUGGAUGAAGGAUUGCAUACCCUGGUCCAAACUCUCCCUCCAGAACAGAAGGAAGCAGAGAGGAUCUGUCCGGAGUCAGAGAUGGCCGAGGAGGGUUCCCGAAGCCUGCAGUCUGCCACCUCUCUGCCCAGACUCUCUGCUUCAGUCCACAGGCUGGAAAUCCCUGCAGCAGGUUACCACGGUGACCCUGGAGGACUUGCCUUGCUGUAGCUUAUCCACUCUCGCUCUGUGUACUCAGCUUCAGUCCCUCAGCCUCAGACGUUGCGGCCUCAAAUCCCUGGAAGGCAUCAACCAGUUACCACAGCUCUGCUACAUCGAUGUACAGGAAAACGACAUCUCAUAUGUCGACUGUGAAAACAUGACUAGUUUACGAGUGCUUCAGCUUGGCCACAACAAUCUGACAUCAAUCCACGGUUUGACUGGUGCUGAAAAUCUGGAUGUUCUAGACCUCUCGCACAACUCCCUCACCCGCAUCGCUGGUCUGGAGUCUGUGAGGAGACUGCAGAGGUUGUCAGUGGAUCACAACCAGUUGAUCAGCACCAAAGGUCUGAGGGACGUUUACACACUCCUCCACCUGAACUGCUCACACAACCAUCUGGCAAGUGUGGAGGGUCUGGAGAACAGUGCUCUACUCAACACACUGGACCUGAGAGCCAACAGCUUUACUGAGCCACCCAGUCUGAACAACCAGGUCCUCCUCAGAGAGCUACAUCUAGACGACAACAGCAUCUCCUCCCUGCAAGGUCUCAUUGCUUGCUGGCUUCCCCUCAUGCAACAUCUCUCUGUGGCCCAAAACAGAAUCACCCAGCUGCCCUCCAUGUCUGAUUUUGUGUCCCUUGCGAAUCUGGAUGUUCGAUUCAACUGUGUGUCAGAGCUCCAGAACGUGUGUGAGAGUCUGAAGGAAUGUCAGUUCCUGCAAAAGGUCCACCUCACAGGGAAUCCUGUUGAGCAGGAGAGUGGCUGGAGAUCCACUCUACAGAAAUCAGUGCCUGGCCUAAGGGGCAUCGAUGACCAGGAGAUAGACUCUUUUCUAUCGCCCCCUGCUGUUCAACAGGUCAGCUUGGCCUCAGGCAGCUUCCUAACAUUCUGCCAGGAUCAGCUUCAGCAGACUCAUGAUUUACAGCAAAAGCACAACAGGGAGCUCAGCGAUGCCUCAUCUUCUCUGGAUGCUGUAAAGACCUCCUGCCGAUACUUCACUGAGGCUCUGCAGCUGGCUAUGGACCAGAGAUUUGACCAUGAAUAUGGUGACACCACUGUGGCUGACAAACACAGGGCCGCAGGCCGAACAAUAGCUGAGGAAACACUUGACAUUGACAGCACCAAUGUUGAGAAGCAUGCUGAGCGGCCAGAAAUGGAGUCCACUGGAAAAGUUCCACCUAUUAUUCCAAAAAGGGGCAAUAUCAGAUGCAGCUCCUGGACUUUCGAUAAGAAGUCAGCUGCAGAGAGUCGGCAUGACACAUUUGACAAUGUUACAGCAGGUCCAAAGACGGGGCCAACAGUUAGCAAAGCGAACUCUGGCAGUGUUCACUCCUUGGCAACAAAGGGAAGAACAAUUUCUGCCAAUUCUGAAAUGGCACCUGUGUCCAAGCAUCAAAACCUGGACCUACAAAACACAGCAGCAGUCGUGAUUCAGCAGCUGUGGAGGAAAUACAGACAGAAAUGUGGGAACAUCAGCAGCCCUUCCACAGCUGAGAAGGGGGGAGGAAGAGGAGAAGAUGGAAGAAAGCCAGAAUCAGGACCUUCGUAUAUUAACAGGAGUGUUGUUGGCCAAGAUUAUGCAGCAACUGUUAUCCAGGCGUUUUGGAGGGGGUUCACUCUGAGGAGGAGGCUAGCAUCUGCUCUGGCUGCUGUCAGUGUCGGGGACACUAGAGAGGACGACACCUUUGAAGAGGUGGACCUGGAUGAAUUUGUCUUUGAUGAGGCAGCUCUGGAGAAACAUUGGGCACUACCGCUUUCUGAGGACUCACCUCCCAGACGUUACCCUGUGUCAGAGCAGCCACCGUCUCUCAAGCCUCCUGGGGCCUAUUCUGAAUCCCAGUACAUACUCCCACCACCGCUUGUAUGGAGGUCAAAGCAUGCCUGGGUGGCUGGAGAUCAGGUGGACUCUGCUGGGCAGAGAGUUUCCCCAGUGAGUUCCAGCAGAAGCAGAUCUCCUGCCUCUGCCUCAGUGGUCAGUGGUCUCACCAAACGAUCAGAAAUGAUUCUGGAAGAAUGGGGCUUCACUCAAAGCCACACAGCUCUUCUAAUGCUCAAGAGAGCCCAGAAGAUGAAGUCAAAGAAGCAACAGCAGAAGGAAUGUCGGAAUCCCGCUGUCCGCCCUGACUUGUUCAGGAACUGCAGUUACCAGCUGGGUCCAGUGGAGGCAUGGAACAGACAAGCACAACACAACAGAAAUUAUAUAAAAGUUCGCGAAGCGGAGCUGGUCCUUCACCCGGCAGAGAGGGAGCAAGUUAAGCAGGAACGAGCUCAGCAGUGGCUGCACACCCAACCUGCUCACUCUGACAGGGACUCAGAGAGUGUGCAUUUCUUACCGGAGAUCAACUCAGACAUUCUGAAUGGAGGCAGAGUGCAGCUUGUGGCGGACCCAGGAUACACACAACGUCUACAUCACGCCAGUGGAUUGUGGGCCAACAGCAGUUUAGCUGCCCAGCCUUGCGAAGAGAACAAUUAUCCCCGCAGAAACUCUUUGGGUCAUGCAAGAGCAGAGAUUCCUUCUCCCAAGCGAGUCACGUCUGCUCCGUCAAAAAAGGAGCGCAUCUCAUACCGAGACAACCCUGUCCAGUUGAGCGGCGGCUGGGGAGGGGGCAAGAAGAGGGACAGAGUGUAUAAGUAAAAUACAAACUUUUGAGCCACGACAUCACCUCUGUUGCUGUCCUUAGCCAACACCCAGAGCAACUUAAAGGCACAUACUUUUUGUAUGUGUCCCUCUUUUGAUACCUUACAAAGAAUGCAGCAUUUUCAAAUUAUGUGUGCAUCUUGUUCAAGACUGCAAAUACUAUGCUUCCUUUGGAUGCAUCAUCAUCCUGCUGAUAAUUGUGGGUUGCGGUCUUGACAUAUUUUCCCCAAGAUUUAAACAAUACAAUAAAUUUCAGUUUCACAAGACUAUUUUUUUUAUUUCCAUGCAGAAGACUUCCUUUGCUUUUAUUUAUGAUUCUAUUCCAUCGCCUGCACCGAAUCCUCCUGCAGCUGUUCUUUUUAAACUGAGCCGAAAACUCGAGCUCCCUCUCCUGAAAAUUAAUUAAGACCAAUAGGACCUGGACCAGCCCAAAUAUCUUCAGGCAUUUCUAUUAUGUUGAUUCUGCUCAAGUGUCACUGCCUGAACGUGAUCGCAGCCAACCAGCACCAAAACACAUGGAACAAAAUCACAAACCUUCAGCAAAUUACACGCUUCAUAUGCAAAUGAAGGCAGGAAAUAAGAACCAGGACCUUUUAAUACCUGUGGAUUCAUCUUUCUUAAGAUACUAAACUCUUGUUUCUGAGCUGAUUUACUCUCUUGACAGAAAAUAUAGUAAUUAUAGUUUGUAGCCAUGGGAAGAGACUUUCUUUUUCCACUUCUGCUGUGCCCUCUUAAGAGUAAACUUUAAUAAAGCCCAGAGAUUUAAGUGCAAUUUCCCCAUUCUGUGGCUAUAUUUAGCUCCUGCUUGCCAACAGUGGGCUUGAAAUUACUGCUUGUAUGAACUGAGCACAAACAUUGGUGUUAGAAUUAGAACGAUGUUUUCUUUAUUUUCAGUCGUGGAUUAUAAUGGUCUUGUCUGUGUAUUUGAAUUUGGAGAGCUAAGGCGUCUGUCCGCAAACACUGCCCUACCGGAGGCGGUGAACCUCUUGUGUGCUUGGAGGUUCCUCGCUGGUCCGCCGCCUGGAAAUGAUAACUUAAUGAAUGUCAAAACAAAUAGUCAGAGCUGCAGAGUGGCUCCCUGGCAGGAAAUGCAUGUCUGUCUAUUUAUUUUCCGUCUAUCUUUCACUUAACGCAUUUCUGGAGGGCGUGUUUUGACUGUACAUGAGCUGAUGGGGAUUUUGGUCUUGGAGAGUGGCGUAUGCCAGAGAUGUGGUGGUCCUGCCCACUUGGGGGUUGUUAUGAAACUCAAGUGCAGGGUCCUCCUUAAGGGGGAGACCGAUUCUUCAGGCUCUCUGGGGACACCAGGGGGUUGUUUCUCUGUCAUCGAACUGUCACUACACAGCUGUGAUACCAGGGAGAAUUUAUAUUGCACAUACAAUAUGAACAGACAGGUGACAGUAUUGUAUAUGCAUAAAGUCACAAGUGUUGUUUGACACAAGUUCAGAUUUAUCCAGGUUUUCAGAAUUCUUCCCUUCAAAUACUGUUUCUGAAAUGAUAUUGUUAAGCCAUCGUCCACCAGCCUUCAUUACAUCUGUUUACGUUUGGGUUAUGGGUAAAUUAUAUGUAACCUAAGACAUCCAAAAUCCAUUGCCUGGUGAAAUGAGUGCUUCACCACACAUUUAGAUAAGAUGAAGAAUGUCCCUCUCAGUCCAGAGGGCCCUGCCAGCCUGACCUCAAGUCAGCAAAUGUUGUCAGAUGGAGUCUGGCAGAGAGAAGUUUUGUAUCUGAAUCCCUCCAAAGUGCCUUUUUCUUAGAAUGUGUUGAAGGACUUUGAACAGUGUGCUUGCAAGUUUUAGCUACACAUUAUUAUAUAUAUUGUACAUCUUUGCUGACCUUUUUUGAAUGCAUGCAGCACAUUUUCAGAUUUUUUUGGGGCAUUUUUAUAAACAAUUCCAGGCAGCCAUUGGUUUCCAUUAAUCCAAAGUAUGAAAGUAGCUUGAGUUAAUCAGAGAGCAUACAUUUUUUGUUACUGUUAUAUUAUUAUUGCAUGAUAAUGCACUUUAUUGAAUGCAGAAAGGUUUUAACUUUGACAAAGAUUCACACAGGCUAAUUGAUUUUAAUUCAGUAUCAUUUGUAAAUUAAUGGAAGCUAGUUGUUGUAUAAUAUCAUUUCUAAAAAAAACAAUGUGGCUUGCAAAAUGAUUAGUCGUGAUGGGAAGUAUAAAAAAGCAAAAGAAAAUACUGAUGGCACAAUUCUGAGGCAUGUUGUGACGACGACAGUCAGGACAUACAAUACACACUCUGCAGCGUGUGUGCAAAGCAGCAUGACACGAUAACUGAAAUGUUGUACUGUAGAAGGAGUAAAGCUGAUUGAAAGUUCUAACAAUGUGCUGUUAUAUUUAUUAUUUCAGUAAAUAGUAAGAGAUAUAUGGCUUUACUGAGUCUCUGGAAAUAUUUCAGAAUGUAAAAUAACAUUAACUUCAAAUCCCACAAACACUUACCAGUACAGAAAAAUUACAUUAGAGAGGUUCUUUUCUUAUUUAUUUCUGUCUCAUGACACAAUUAGCCAGCUCCUUUCGCCAAAGUAAAGAAAUGGGAAAUGGGUAUAAACUCUGAGGAAUGCGCAAGCUCUCCUGGAAAUGUGAACCCAGCUUAUAAAGAAAUUGGGAAUAAACUCACACAAGCAGAAAGUAUUCUGCUGGUAAAAGUCAAAGCUAAUUUAUUCCCUGAAUGACAACUGCUGGCUUAUAACAUCGCUUAGAUGAAAAUAGGUCAGAGUCACUCUUUUCACACAGCCGAGGGCAGGACUGAUGUCACGGGUAGCGAGCCUUGAAAAAAAAAUCACUCCUUCAGGUUUAGAGAAAUGUAAUGAUUAUUAAAACAUUUGUAAACUGAGCUUAAGGUAGAACAGACUCACAUACAUUUGUCAGAUGUUACAGAGUUUGUCUCUGGUAAUUCUGACAAAGACAGGACAUUUAAGUAAUUGCAUUCAUAUGUACAUGUCCAUGCAUCAUGUGUCUAUGUGCUUCUAGACCAGUCCUUCCCAAACGGUGUGCUGAGUCACGCUGGUGUGGGACAAACAUACGUUAUUGUUAUGAUGUACAAUUAAACAAAAGGUUCUGAAUGUUUUAUUAUUCACUGUCAGUACUUUGUAUGGACUUUAUAGUUCCAUUAUCUAAUUUUUAGUUUAGUUUAAAUGGGUUUGUUGCUGCUUCGAUGCAAUUUUACAAAGUUUCGGACGAAUUCUUCAAUUAUUUUGGUAUGGUUGUUUGUAAAAUUGAAUUUUGGUAUUUGUAAAUAAAAAAAAUGUGAUGCUGA